AUGACGGCUUUGCCCCAGUCAGCAACCUACCGGUUUGAAGAUGAAGAAUUGAAUUCGGUUUCAUCGACGGGUAUCUCUUGUGAUCGCCUACGUCAAGCGUUGAAGAAAUGCAUAAAGGAAUCACAUUGUGUUCAGGUCCAAGCAAGAUCGGCAAAGGAAUGCAUUGAUGCUCACGAUGGGAGUGUUCCAGACAAAUGCUUCUCUUUGCUCCAGAAUUUCACCGAUUGUAAGAGGUCCUUAGUUGAUAUGAGGAGUCGCUUCCGUGGGCGUAAAGGAGACUUGUGA